CGCUCCUCAUAUCUCUAAUGCCUGACGCGAACCAAGGCCGUGCUGGUGUUUGUGGCGUGAAGGCCAUGGGGAGUGGACGAGGCCAUGCAUGAGGCGUAAAAGGAGUCGCCUCCUCAGGAGCUCCCAUGGCUUCUUGCUUCUCGGCGGGGAAUGCCUUCGCCAUCCCUUCUUCCUCCAUGGGCAGGGCUUCUGUGUCUGCUGCAGCUGCCCCGGCCAACCGCCCGGUGAUCCUGAGCUGUGAAAGGAGAGACUUCUACGGGCCUCUGGCAGCUAGGCUUUUGGGUCCUCCAACAAGAUUUGAAGCAUCAAAGCUGAAAGUAGUUUUCAUGGGAGAAGAAUUGGAGAAGCAGUCUUCAAGCACCAUUCCAAGGGCUUACACCCUGACACACUGUGAUUUCACAGCAAAUCUGACCUUAGCAGUAUCCAGUAAUAUGCACAGUAACAAGUUGAUGGGCUGGCAAACCACACUACAUUGGGAUGAUGUGGUGGCAGAGUGGAAGAAGAUAAAAGAAGAAAUGUCUUUGCAUGUGCAUUGCUAUGUAAGUGGAUCUAAUAUCCUUCAAGAUCUGGCUGCUGGAUUCCGAUACCAUAUCUUUUCUAAAGAGCUACCACUGGUUUUGAAAGCUGUGGUACAUGGAGAUUCCAUCCUAUUCAGCAAACACCCUGAGCUGAUGGAAGCUAAGGUGUGGGUGUACUUCCAUUCAAAAUCGAAGAAAUACAACAGAGUAGAAUGCUGGGGUCCUCUUAAAGAUGCUUCACAGAGAACAUUCGACGACAGAAUUGAUACUUCUCAAGCUUCGGUAUUUGAUAGCAUUGGGAAGUGGGGUAGCCCUAAAGCAAUCUUGCAUGCCCUAGUUACGAUCCUCCUCUGAGAGAACAGCUGUUGCCGAUAGAAGCAAGUCCUCUUCUAGGCUACAUGAUUGUCAUGGUCGGAUCAUUGAUUUCCUUCAUUAUUCUUCGUGCGGACAAGGAACUGGUGAAUGACAACCUUGCACAGUCCUGUAUGUUUUGGUCGAUUCGAUGUUGCCAGAGAUUGGUUCUCUACUUCUUCUCGAUGCUGUUGUUCUUCAUUGAUGUCCUUGUUCACAAAAAUGUAUCUAGAAAAUUGUAUCAUGAAACACUGAUUGAAGUUUCAUGUCUCCUAAUGGUGAUUCAUUAUACUGUUGCAAAAGCAGUUCUUGAGAAUACUACAAUGUCUCUAUUCUUCAGAAUU